AUGAGCGCGCCGGACCCGGCGGCGAUCCUUCGCGACGCGAAGGCCGCCGCCGCGGACGGCGACGCGAGACCGAGCGAUGGCGUCUUCGUCUGCGGCGUGUGCAACGUCGCUCGCGCGAAGUACACGUGCCCUCGGUGCUCGCGGAGGUACUGCGCGCUGGAAUGCUACAAGACGCACGACGCGCGGUGCGUGGACGGGUUCCACGGGGAAAAUUUCGCGAACGCGCUGAGAGGGUUGACCGUGGAGGACGAGGAGAAGAGGAAGAUGACGCAGAUCCUGAAGAAGUUUCACGACGAGCGCGAGGACGAGGACGACUUCGCCGCGGGGGCGUACCCGCCGGACGGGAAGGAUCCGCGCGGCGGCGGGCGCGACGGCGAGGACGGCGAGGACGGCGAGGACGGCGAGGACGGCGAGGACGGCGAGGACGGCGGCGCGCCGGACCCCGGCGCGUGCGCGCUCUCGGAGGCGAAUCUAGAGAAGCUGUCGCGCGGCGAGGAGCUCUCGCUCGAGGACCUCACCCCCGAGGAGCUCGCCGCGUUCGAGCGCGCGGCGGCGACGGGCGAGCUGUCGCACAUGGUGCAGCCGUGGAAGCCGUGGUGGCGUAACCCGGACGCGAGGGAGCUCAAACUCGCGAGGGACGGGCGAAGGAUGAUCGUCGAGCUCUCCGACGCGCCGGCGCCGCCCGCCGCCGCCGACGACGGCGCCGCGCCGGAGACGCCCCCGCCGCCGCCGCCGGACGCGCCGCUCCCGCCGCUCUCGAGCAUCACCCCGGUGAAACCGCACAGCGCGCUCAAGUGGCAUCUCCUCGACGUCCUCGCCGCGUACGCGCUCACGAUGCGGUCGCACGACGGCGACUGGUCGUCGUCGCCGUCCUCCGCGGCGGCGUCGCUUCUCUCGCUGUCCUCGGCGCUCGCCGCGGGCGCGCGGAGGCCGCCGGGGAAGGACGCGCGCGGCGACGCGCGCGACGCCGCCGCGAUCAUUCUUCCCGAGACCGCGUCGUCCGCGCUGCACGGCGUCGCCGCGCGCGCGGCGGCGUCGCCGAACGGCGUGAUGGCCGCCGCCGCCGCGACCGCCGCGGACGGCGCGCUGCUUCAGGACGUGUACGACAUCGUUCGCGGCGGGCGAGGCGCCGUCGUCCUCGCGCUGUGCGACGUGCACAGGAUCGUCCAGGCCGCGAUCGCGGAAGACGCGGACGCUUCGAGAGCGGCGGCGAAGACGGCGCCGCGGAGGAAAGACGCGUCUCUCGCGCGCGUGGAGAGGAAAGCGUUUUACCUCUUGUGCUACGCGAACGCGCUGACGGACGAUACCGGGGACGUCGCGAGGGCGACGACGGGCGAGGGAGAAGGCGAGGAAGGCGAGGAAGGCGCGCUCGAGCUCGCGCGGCGGUGGCUCGCGCGCGAGAUGAGGGAGGCGGAGACGCGGCGGGAGACGGCGGCGGCGGCGGCGGCGGCGCCCUCGGUCGCGGCGGCGGCGGCUGCGGCGGCGACGCGCGCGCCCGCAUCGGGUCCCGCGAAGAAGAAGCUCAUUGAGGAGCUGUGA